AGACAAGGAGAUCCUCUAUCGUCUCUCCUUUUCGCCAUCUGUGCCGAAGGAUUUUCUAGUAUGAUAAGGAAAGCUACCUCCGCAGGAUACCUUAAAGGAGUCAGAAUCCGCCCUAGUUGUCCAAUAAUCUCCCAUCUAUUUUUCGCGGAUGACUCAUACCUAUUCUUAUCCGCCUCGCCGGAGUAUUGUACAUCUCUCAUUUCCCUACUUCAGGCUUACGAGGAGCUGAGCGGUCAACGAAUAAACUUAAAUAAAUCAGUCGUCCUUUUCAAUCACGAUACAGACCCUCCCCAAACUCAUAUUAUGGGUGCUCAAUUGGGUUUUGGUACCAUAUGAGAACAUGACUCUUAUUUAGGCCUACCAGCUAUCUUAUCUAAAUCAAAAAGAGAGACAUUCCAGUUCAUGGAGGAGAAGCUUAUUAAGAAGCUACAAGGGUGGAAAUAACGAUCACUUUCGAAAGCUGGGAAAGACAUUCUUAUUAGAACAUCGGCCACUAAUAUACCAGUACUAGGUAUGUCAUGCUUCAAGCUCCCAAAGGAAAACUGUAGGCGCUUAAACAGUCAUAUCGCAAAAUUUUGGUGGGGUACGGCACAAAAUUCAGAACACCCAAUCCACUGGUUGUCUUGGAAGAGCCUGGCUCACAGCAAGUUCCAUGGAGGUCUUGGAUUCAGGGACUUUGAAGCCUUCAAUCAAGCGUUGCUAGCUAAACAAUGUUGGAGAAUAUGAACCAAUCCAAACUCAUUACUCUCCCAAAUAUAUAAGGGUCGAUACUUUACCCAAUGCUCGGUGUUGGAAGCAUCAAUUGGUUCAAACCCUUUGUGGGGGUGGAGAAGUCUACUCUUUGGAAGAGAUCUACUCCUACAGGGACUAAGAUGGCAAAUAGGCAAUGGGCAAAGAACCCGGGCAUUCAUUGAUAAAUGGGUUCCGGGAGAUAAACCCUUAACCCCAAGUACUCGACCCCAUAUUCAAAAUGGACACCUAUGGUAUCUUACUUCAUAAAAGAAGGUCGAGGGGAAUGGGACGUUCCAAAACUCGAGAAUUGCUUUGAACCUCAAUCUGUCGAUCUCAUAAGGAGAAUUCCUCUUCCUCGAUACUCACAGCAGGACUUUAGAGUGUGGCACUAUUCCAAAGAUGGAAAAUACAAAGUAAAAUCGGGUUAUCACUUAGCUCUGGAAAUAACGUUGGCAUCAAGUCGAAAACCGAUAGUGCAUAUCAUCGAUCCUCCAAUUUGGAGAAAGACUUGGAACAUCCAAGUUCCGCCUAAACUAAAGUUCUUCAAAUGGCAAUGCCUCAAAGUCAAACUUCCAACAGUAGUGGCCCUUCAAUCUCGUGGAGUAAAUUGCCUUAAACGAUGUCUUGUCUGCUGGAGACAUAGAGAAAGUAUUGAACAUUUAUUCUUCAGAUGCCCCCUAGCCAUCAGAUUGUGGACUUUAGUGGGAUUGAGCAACUUUAUUGAGACCGCCUAGACUGUUAACUUUAGUCUAUGGUGGCGACAUGUCAUGGUCUCCGAGACCUCCCCAUUCCACAUUCUCCAAUGUGUUUGUUUACUUUGGAGAAUCUGGAAGUCUAGAAAUGAAGUGACCUUUGAAUUUACCCAACCUCAUGUCCGUUCCCUAGCCAGACAGUUUUACAACCAGGUCCUCGAAUUCUCCAGUCUUCUCCCCCCCCCCCCUUCCUCCCCGUAGCUCUCUUCCCCCAAUCAUGCCUGCCACCACUUGGGUCCCUCCUCCAGAAGGUUUUUUGAAGAUCAACGUCGACGCAACUGUCAGUGCCUCCGGGUGUUCGUCCGGGCUUGUUAUCCGUGGGUCAGACGGGCAUGUGUUAUUGGCGAUCGGGUUGCAGCAUCAAGGAAUAGUCAACCCUUAUAUGGCUGAGCUGCUAGCGAACAGGGAUGCUAUCUCCUUUGUGGCCUCUAGAUCCUUGACCCAUGUGAUAGUCGAAGGUGAUUCCGAAGUGGUCGUCAACCAAGUUCGUCAAGGCGUCUCAGAAGACUCGAUUGGUGGUCCGGUGCUUCGAGAGUGUCUUCAGAUCCUUAGCUCUUUGUCUGUUUGUAUAGAGUUUAGGGCGGUACCUAGAUCCGCCAACAGUGAUGCCUAUAGAGUGGUGCGUAAAGCACUGCUUUUGUCUCUUGUAGAGCUAGAAUCUUUUGAUUUCUUGGGGUGGCUUCUUUAGAGUCUCUUAGGGGUCCUGGGUGGAAUUGUAAGCUUAACUAUUAUUUCUCAUUUAUAUCACUCAGAAAUAAAAAAAAUAUAAAAUCCACAAUUAGGUCAUUGCGAAUUUCAAAAAAUACAGGCUCAACUAAGCAGGCAUCUAACUGGGAACCACAAUGCUUGAUAAACUGAGCACCUAGUAACAAAAUGGCACAUUUGUUUCUCUUGUGUAGUACAAGAAUUAGGGUUGUUAAUGAGCCGAGUCGAGUUUUGCCUUGUUCAUGUUCGGAUCGUUUGUAAAUGAGCCGAGUUGAGUCGACCACGAGCCAGCUCAUUUAUUAAAUCUUGACACAUCAUUAAGAUCGAACGUUCGGCUCGAGCUCAACUCUAAGAUAAUUUAUAAUAUAGAUACCCUAAUAUUUAUAUGUCAUGUGAUACAUGUGAUUACCUAAUGUUAUGUCAUAUAUGAGACGUAUUUGCUUACAUAGUUACAUACUCUAUGUAUUAAACACCAUAUGAGGUGAUAUAUACAAUUUAAUAAUUAUAUGCAUCAUUAACAAACCAACUCAUAAAAUAUAGAUUGAUUUUCUCAUAAGCUGUAGCCGAGUUGGCUCUCUAGGCACAAUGUUGGGACAUCUCAUUAGCUCAAAAAGAGACAGUUCAUGAGUUGUAUUCCACGAGCCACCUAAUCGAGCUAGUUGAUGAGCUUCACGAUCUUUUUUUUUUAAUCGAAUGAGCUUUUAUCUAGUUCAAUACCGAGCCGCUCACGAAUAGCUCAACACAUUAACAGCCCUACAAAACAGGAGCUACUUUGUCAUCUCUCCUUAGUACAAGAGCUUGUUUGGUUAAUGUUUCCUUUACUUGACCUUGUAAGUUUUUCCUUUUAUUAUAUAUCUCUUACCUCUAAAUUAGGGCUCGUUUAAAAAUAUUCACACACAUCUUUAUUUAUGAAUUUUGUUUUCCUCCCUACUUUAUCUCUUCUUUUUUUUUAUCUCACUAACUACUUUUCAAUAUUUUUCUGAGUCACUAUGAUUCUUUUAGUUAAGGGCAAACAUGUCAAUCGAGGAAAAAAAUAAAGUUUUCAUUUUUAGUGAUGAUUAACAAUCAUAGUUUCCAAGCAACUAAAAAUAUUUAACUAAAAAAAUUUAAAUAUUUUUUCAAUAACACAAUGAGCUAAAAAAAUUGAAUGGAUUACAAUUUAGAAAUUUAGACUUUAAUUAUUCAAAGAAGUCGGUAGCGGGGUUAAGCUCCCAAUCGGUCUUUGGACAUGAAAUUCAAUUUCCUAAAAUGAGAAGGGAAAAAAAUCAGGACCGAAAGGGUUACUCCAUAUUAAAAGCGUUGGAAAUGGCAAUCCCUAUCAAGUUGAGUGGAGUCCUUUUCUUCGGGCACUUAAUUAACAUGUGCAAUAAAUUCAGAAAACAAAAACCAGCAUGCAAAUUUGAGUGGCAUAUGGCUCACGUUCGCAAUUUUGUUCCUUAGCCAUCUGACAAAUGAACAUUAUGGGUAACUCACCCAAAGUGAAACUAAUCCAAGCAAAAAUCAUUUGUUGCCCUUUGCUUUGGUGGUUGAUAAAUGGUAAUUUAUUUUGACUUCACGAUUUUACUAUUUAAGGAAGCCCCAUGCCUAGGGUGUUCAAACGAGAUUGGUUACCGUGGUAACCAUAUUAACCGGUAGCAUUCGGUUAAUUUAGAUAAUUGGUCUGAUUUGGUUAAACAAUUUAGCUUAUUUGGUUUAGGUGGUUUGGUCUGGUGUUCAAUACUGCUAACCAAUAAAACCAAUUAACCAAU